AGGGGUAAGGGGAAGCUACAAAGUUUGAACUCACAAAAUGAACAAAGGUCCGGCAUAAGCCUUAGAUACCCGUCUCCAUCUAUCUGUUGUACCUAACUGCAAUGCAUGUAGCCAGACACAUAUAACUCCAAUAUUGAAUAGCAUUUUAAUACUGCAUGCUAUUAUUGCUACCAAAAUAGCUACAGUUAUAGGUCCUUGUGUAUGUUGAGAAACUGAUGGAAAUCCAGAAUGUGCCCGGGGACUGGAUCUUGGUCAAGGACAUCAGGAAGCCAGAAAUAUAUGAGUGGAAUAAUGCUCUGGUGGCAAUGCAGAGUGCUCUGCAGAUGGAGAUGGACAUGAAGCGGAGUCUGCUGGAUCUAAACAAGCUCUCUACUCAGCACACUGACACUCAUCUGCGUGACUUCUUGGAGAGCCAUUACAUGGAUGAGCAAGUGAAGAUGACCAAGAAGCUUGGAAAUCAUGUCAACAAUCUGAAGAGAUUGAGAGCCCCUGAGAAUGACCUGGGAGAGUACAUGUUUAACAAGCUGUCCCUGGAGUGAACAGGUGGAGGUGUAGGUUGAAGCUUUUUCUGAAUUGGUAAGUUCCUAUUUGGCUCUGUACAAAGCAGCGAAAUGCUAAUAAACUAUUUAUUAAUGUAUGAAAAAUAUCAUCAAAAAAAGGGCGGCAUGGUGGCGCAGAGGUAGAGUUGCUGCCUUACAGCACCAGAGCCCCAGGUCCCAGGUUCAAACAUGACCACGGGUGCUGUCUGUAAGGAGUUUGUAUGUUCUCCCCAUGCCCUGCGUGGGUUUUCUUCAAAAUCUUCGGUUUCCUCUCACACUCCAAAGACGUACAUGUUUGUAGGUUAAUUGGCUCAGUAUAAAUGUAAAUUGUCC